AUUCACAGUCCAAUUGAUUAUCGAGUAUCGAACUACCGAAGGAACUCAAGAUCAACAUCUGAACUCACCGCUAUUCCAAAUUGCAAUUCAACGAUCGAUCGCCAACAACGUAUCCAUCGUCUUCGACGACGAAUCUCGUCAAGAACUCUCAAUUGCUGGCGUCGUUACUUUCCCAAACUCUAGAAUGAGUUUUUCACUUGGAGUCUUGGAGUAAUGAAUAUUUGGUAUUUGUAACUAACGGGUAUAAAAGGCAAUGGAAGAUCAACGUUCUUUCAAUAGCCCUAGAAGGACUCUUAGUUAUUCUAGAAAUAGGGGAACAACUUUCUCUGUUUUUGAAGCAGACAACAAAAGGGCUUCAGGUGUAGGUGUUUCAGGAGACCAUGGUCCUAACCCUUCUGAAGUUUAUGGGUUUGUAGGAGCCAUUUCAACUGUUGUUGCCACAGUUAUUUUCAUGGUAUGGGCAUAUGUUCCUGAUCCUUGGUUACAUUCCAUUGGUAUCUUCUACUAUCCUAGCAAGUAUUGGGCAUUGGCACUUCCUGCUUAUGCCAUGGUGAUCAUUGCAACAAUCUUCAUAUUCUACAUUGGCCUCAAUUUUAUGGCAACUCCACCUCCUUCAUCAUUCAACUCAAUAUUCGAUGAAAACAGUAGAGAACCAGUGUGUUGUGAUCCUGUGUUGGAGGAAGAUGAUCGACCCAUUGAGCCUUACUCUGAUAUUGGAAUUGAUCAGAUAAAUGAACUCAUGUUCAAAGACUGGAGAUAAUAGUUACCAAAAAGAUAAGAUGAUUGAUUGUUCUCGAAUGUAUGCAAUUAUAAUUCUUGAAUUGCUAGUAUUUGUAUUUGAAGGUUCCUUUUCUAUAUUAUGGAAAUGGUAAUUUUCAUCAUACAUGUGAUUGAAUAUAAUUUUUUAAAUAGGUAAUUUUACUUAUACAUCAACGAAAACUUCUCAUUACAACUUUCAUUGUUGCAUUUGUAUUGUGUUAAGUUAAACUACAUAUUUUGAUUUUUUGAUGACAAGUA